AUGGGUUGGCUAUGGUCUUCAACACCUCCUAGCGAGGGCAAGUCAGCUGCACCAGUUAAAGAGACUCAUCCUGUCGCAUCACCAACAACCGCAACCGCAACCACAUCCACAACUUCGGAUCCUUCGACAACAGCCCCAUCCAAUUCCAAUACCGAUCCUGAAAUCCAAAAGUUCAUCGAUCUCUUUGAAGCUGAGAAGAACGCAAAACCCUCCACAACAGAAGACCAACAACAACAAAAUUCGUCUUCCAAACUACCAUCAUGGCUCACUCUCAAGAAAUCCACACGCUCAUCCACCCCUACACCCGCCGAUAUUCCUCCCCGUGACGCCCUCUCCGAAGCCCUGCUACCAACAGAUAUGUCCUGUCGUCAGGCCUUCGACCAAGCAUGGGCAUGCAACUCGAUGGGCGGACAGUUCAAUGCCGUGUAUCGCUACGGUGAGAUGAGAUCAUGCAGUGAGCAUUGGGAUGACUUCUGGUUCUGCAUGCGUACCAAGAGCUACUCUCCUGAGAUGCGGGAGAAGGCCAUCAGGGAUUAUUAUCGUGCGAAGGAGUUUACAAAGUAUGGCCCUGGGAAACCGAGUAGUGAAGAUGUCUGGGAGAGUAGAGAGGACAAAGUACCAGAAGGGACAGUAUUUAAUGAGCCUGUUGAGCCACGAAGUUGA